UUUUCAUCGAUAGACACAGAGUAUCUUGUGCAUCACAAGCUGUUUUGCAUCGUCUCAUAAUCAACAUUAUAAAUUCAAUAAAAAAUAUUAUUUAUUUUUCAGUUUUAUUAAACUAACAAGGAUUAAACAUGAAAUUAUUGAUAUUGGCAACAGUUGUUGGUGCAGUAUUUGCCCAAAGUCAGUACAAUUUACGUGGACAUCAGAGAGAUCAUCAACAAAGAGAUCAACAACCAGCAGCACAACAACAAUAUGCAGAAGAACAAAGACCCCACAAUGAAAGACAAUUAACAACAACAACAUUUAUACCAAUUUUAUCAUGGAAUAAAGAACAAGAACAUGAUGGAACAUAUAAAACAAACUAUGAAACUGGUAAUAAUAUCAUUGCUGAAGAGAGUGGAUAUUUGAAAGAAACUGGUGAAGGUGAAAAUCGUGCACAGACACUUGUUCAACAAGGAAGUUAUUCUUAUCCAAGUCCUGAUGGACAAAUUAUCACCAUUCAUUAUACUGCUGAUGAAAAUGGCUUCCGUGCUGUUGGUGAUCAUUUACCAACAAGUCCACCUGUAUCACAAGAAGUACAAAAAGGACUCGAUCUCAUUUAUGCUGGUAUCAGACAACAAGCGGAAGAGGCAGCUCUUGAAGCUAAAAAUCCACAACCAUUCAAUCAACAAAUUGACAGACGCGAAGACAAUAAAAAUUACCGUCUUUAAAUGAAAAAAAAUAUUAUAAUUAAAACAUUAUCAUUUGUGCGUCAAUUUAAAAAAUAUUAGGUAAUGACUGUCGUAUUUUUAGACAGCGUUAUUGAUUUUUUAAAAUUGAUCGAUUAUUGUUUAUCGAUAGUACUGAAUUUUAAUGAUAAUCAAUAAUAAUUAGAGCAUAUUUUAAAAUUAUUAUUUCUUUUUUAAAAUAUUUUUAUACUGUCAAUUAUGAAUACAAUAUUCCAUAAAUAA